UAUCUCUGAUGCCUGCGGUAAGAGAAUGUGCUGUAAUGGAGGAUGGCUGUUUGAUGGUAUUAUGGUUUUCUGUCGAUAGCAUUUGAGAAUUUGUGUUUAAUGUAAUUGUCAUUUUCGAAUGUUGCAAAAUAUACUACAACCAUCAUGCAUAAGCAGAAAUUUUUGUCUCCAUUCUUCAAAAUAGAUAGUAUUAGCUGGUUUCUUUCGAAAAAUAGAGGUUAUUCAAUGGCUCCUGAAGUUUCUAAGGAAUAUAACAGAUCGAAAAUGCUGGCAUGGCAAAUACACUGUUAUGGAGGAUUGGAAGAAUUAAAACUGUCAAAAACAGUUCGAGUACCCUAUAUUAAAGGGCCAAAUGAUGUUAUGAUUCAGAUAUCUGCGUCAUCGGUAAACCCCAUUGAUGUAUUAAUGAUGGGUGGCUAUGGGUCAGUGUUCCUAAAUAAAGCAAGACAAGUUGAAGCUUGUAGUUUCUCUGAAAUAUUAGAAUUUCCAUUAGUUCUUGGACGAGAUUUUGCAGGAAGGGUUGUCGCCAAGGGGUUAGGAGUUGGACAUGAUGUUAGUAUUGGAGAUGAAGUUUGGGGAGCUCUUCCUCCACAUCAGCAAGGCUGUCAUGCAGAGUUUGUGAGAGUUAAUAAGUCUUUGGUACAUAGGAAACCUCGCACUCUGUCUCUGUUGGAAUCAGCCUCUAUUCCAUAUGCUGCCAUGACUGCAUGGUCAGCUUUGAAGGUGACUGGUGGUUUAUGUUUGAGUCCUCCUAAAGGAAAGAGAGUCCUGAUUCUUGGUGGUUCUGGAGGAGUUGGUACAGCAGCACUCCAGUUGCUGAAAGCUUGGGGAGCUCAAGUUGUCACAACAUGUCGUGCUGAUGCAGUUCCUCUGUUGGAAUCAUUUGGAGCUGACUGUGUUAUUGAUUAUACACACACUGAUGCAGAGAAGCAGAUCAGGGAAGAGGGCAAGUAUAACAUUAUCUUGGAUGCUGCAGGGUUGGGAGCAGAUGCUGGUCCAAAGUAUGCAGACUGUCUAAAGGACAUAAACAUUUCAAAAUUCAUAACAUUGAGAUCUCCACUGCUACGAAAUGUUGAUGAUUAUGGCGUGGUAGCUGGUACGAUGAAGAAUAUAGCAGACUUGUUUGUCACAAAUGUGAAAACAGGUAUCAUGAGUAAAAGUAGUACUGUUCGAUGGGGAUUUUUUCUUCCAUUAUCAGAUGCAAUCAGAGAAAUUACUACAUUAGUGGAAGAAGGCAAGAUGUGCCCAGCUAUUGAAAAGGUAUUCCCAUUCUCAGAUUUGCCAAAGUCAUAUGAAAGAAUAAAAGCUGGUCAUUUAAGAGGCAAAAUAGUUAUCAACAUGAACGAGGAAUAAAAUAUGUGAAUACUUGAUGUGAUAAAUACAAAUAUUUAUACCGCUAGUUUGUAUAUGUAUUUUAAGAAGUUUUUGUUUGAAAGAAAUGUUUCCUUGCAAAAUCAUAUUUGUACUAUGUGAAGUAUGUAUAUACACAAACACAGUGUUCAAUGAUAAAUUGGAAUGCAACUGCUACUUCCCAGCUCCUGGUAAGAACAGCAUGACUCACUGCCAAGUGCUACAAGAGUCCCUGUGACAGCUGCAUUCUGGUUUAUGAAUGAACACUGUCAUUCUCUCUCUGUUAUCCAUUCAGCAUAAAAUGUGAAGAUGGUUCAGGACACAUAUUUUUGUAAGCGAGGAAGAAACCAAAUAAUAAAAAUGAGGCUGCAUUUAAUUAAAAUUAACCGUUAAGCCAUGAUACAUGACCGGUAAAGAUUAAAUAAUUCACUAGAUAAUCAGUAAGUUAAUCAUUUAAUAAAGAAACAUGGCAUUUUGUUACAAACUUUUCAUCCAGAUUCUGAAGAUAGAAAAUCAUAUUUGACUUGAAACUUUCACGGUGACUAAAUGCGAUAAAAUCUUGUCGGGCAACUAGCCAUGUCCAUAUGUAGCCGUAGCCUGACUCUGUAUUGACACAGCUAGUCCGAGAAGAUUUUUAUCACAUAUAAAAUCAUGUUUUUGAAUUAAUCAAGAUGGGCACUAAUGGGCAUGAGUUGAUGACACUGCGACAUGUUAAAAAUGUAGAAUUGUAGGAAGUGUACAAAGCUCAUCACUAUCAAGAAACAUAUGUACUAUCCUCACCAAAGUUUUGAGUUUCAAAGACCAAUUUCAUAAGACUCUCUCCGGACUGCAUAAUUGGCAGAGAAAGUUGACAAAAGAAUUAGUCAGUUCAUCAGGCCAACUACAAAAACUAUAAGUGUCUAAUUUAUGAACAUUUGUAUAUAUGAACAAUGCUAUUAUCUGCCUUAACAUUUCAGUAAUCAGAAUAUCAGCACGUAUAAAUGACUCAAUGCUCUCAGGAACUGCUUGCAGCAUUGGGGAAUCUGCAGCCUACACAUCAGAGGUAGAAACCAGUUGGUGGUUUUGUAUUCUCUAGGAACGUCUCUUCUGACAAAGAAAACUGCCUGAAUAUGUGAUUUAGCCUGCUGUUUUCUACUUCCAUUAAGGUACUCUGUGUGAUUCUCUGACUAGACAGUGCACUGUCUUCUUCCUUCUACCCUGUAGUGCAGAAAUAUUUUCUUGUACUGACAUUUCUGGUUCAAGGAGCAGCCUGUUUUCAUCUAACAUCAUAAAAUUAAGAAAACCUUAUUUUUUAAAUAUCUGAAUAACACUGGUAUUCAGUUAGUAGUUAUAUCAAUAAUAUCGGCUUUUAUCUACUCUUUUUUAUCAGCCUUGUUCAUAAAUCUAAACGUUUUGACACGUGAGCGCUAUAAAGUAGAAGCUGAAUGUUGUGUAAGAAUCAUUGUUCAGUCAUGUAGAGACAAUUCUUCUCUGCUAAAGACCUGGUUUGCUGAUUGUGCAGCAUCUUUUAGUUGGGAAAGUGUAUUCGUGAAAGUACUUGUGAUUUUAUAUCAUUAUUAGUCGUUAUGUACAGAGCUUAUAAUUAUUUAUUCUGCUAUUAUUCUUCGCUAGAAGGUUAUGAUAUAUCCUAAAAACUGAUAUUUUACAUAUAUAUAUAUAUAUAUUUGUUAACCCAUUAUAAAGCCUGGUGGUAGUUGUAUGUAUCACCUGCUUUCAGAAACAGUAACUCAGCAUUUUGCCUAUGCACUGGUGUUUUUUUAAUGAAUGUACUUUUUGUUUGCCUGUAUUUUUACAGUAUUGUACGGCUAGGUUUAUAGGGACCGGACAGUGACUAGCCCUCUCCACUCAAUUGGCACAUUCAUCGCCCUGAUGACGGAGGCAGUAUGACCUCUGAAACGUUGGUAAACAUCUACCAUACUACAUGGCGCAACAACUCAGAAGACAAAUCUUUAAUUUACUCUAUGAUUGGCUGAAUCAACCCAUAUUAGUGGUAAAUGACUAGAGUACUUACACUAAGUUUUCUGUAUGAAAUUCUGUGAUAUAGUGAGUAAUUGUUGAAGUGACAUAGAUAUUUUAUUGUGAAGGUAAACUAAUUUAGAAACAAAACAAUAUAAAUUUUAUGACAAGUUGUCUUGUUAUGGAGGUAUAGUUGAAUGUAUCUGGUGUAGAAUAUAUGAGUGAAUGGAAAUACAUUGACCUAAGUGGAGGGGAGACAGCUGUUUUUCAUCUGACAUGCAUGGCAUACUGCCUAAUCCAUGAACGUUAAUUAUGGUACACUUUUAUAUUUUGUAGUUGCAUGCUGAAGAUGGUCACCUGUUAGAUGAUGAUGACAGUUCCUGGUAUUGUUGACCUUAUGACGCAUCUCAGGGAAAAAUGUUGCGCCAAUCUAUCAAGGGUUCAGGGUCCAGUGGGCCUACAUUUUCAUGCUUUGAAUAAACUUAGAUGUUAAGCAUUGAAGAUAGUUUACUGAAAGAGGGAGUUCAAUCAGGAUACCUUUAGUUACACCUUCCUUCAUCUAAAUUAAUAUUCAUCUUGCUGUAAAUUUUAAUAUGAAGUAGUUUUCAUUUUAUAAACAACAGGAUGUCGGGAAGAGAAGAUCUGCACGAUUGUAUGGCACUGUGUACAUUACUUUGACAAUGAAAAAUUCACAGAAAAGAAACUUGUUUUUCACUCACUCAUUGAGAAUGUAUACUGAAUAGAUGUUGCCUAAUAUGUGGGUCAGUGUGAAGGCUCGUCCAAAGAGCCUGAUGCAACAUUUUUCAUUGAAUGUGUGUAAUAUUUCACAAGUUUCUAUCUAGAUCUGUAGUGGGUAGAAGUCCCAAAUCUUUUCUGUGUAUAACUAAUUGCUCAUUAACCUGAAUGUUAUUGGAAUUUAAAUGGUGCACAGGUUUCUCAAAAAUAAAAAUAAAUGUAGAAGAAAAACGAU